AAUCCGUCCUGUGUCCUCGGGUGCAGCGUGUCCCGCCUGCCCCCAGAGGCUGAGCUGUGUACUGCAGACAGCUCUCUCUCUGUGCGCUCUCCUCUGGACUCUGCUGUCCCCGGCCUGUCCCGCUCCUCCUCUGUCCAGAGCGGGACAGAGGCUCCCAUAGCUCACCCAGGACACCCACGUGAGACACUGGAGAGCGUCUUGGUGGCCCUGGACAAUGAGAAACCCAAGAAGCUGCGCUUUCACCCCAAACAGCUGUACCUGUCUGCCAAACAGGGCGAGCUCCGGAGAGUCCUGCUCAUGCUGGUUGACGGAAUUGACCCAAACUUCAAGAUGGACUCUCAAAACAAGCGCACCCCUCUUCACGCAGCUGCAGAGGCAGGACAUGCAGACAUCUGCCACAUGCUGGUGCAGGCUGGAGCUAACCUGGACACGUGUGAUGAGGACCAGCGUACUCCUCUGAUGGAGGCCUGUGAGAACAACCACAUGGAGAUCGUGUGUUUUCUGCUACGAGCGGGAGCCAGCGCGACACACAAGGUACUGCUCUGGACUUAG